CGACCUGGCCUGGUUUCGUGCAACAAGCAAUGCGGCGCAGCAUCAGUUAGUGUCAGCAAUUGAGUUAGAGAGCGAGAGAGAGUGAGAGAGAAAGCGAGAGCCAACCUGGAACCGCGUGUUUCGGUACUAAGUGCGAGAGAGGCUGAUCGCUGCAAGUCAUCAGGGUCUGGGUUUCGGUGUUGGUGUCCCUGGGGUUUGUUCGAUGGGGGGGUUGGGUUUUGUAGCAUGGUGGACUGGAAACCUCGAGUUUAGAGUGUCUGUGCUGCAUGUGUAACUCUGAGUGAGAGACACCAUCAGGGAGUUUUAAAGACGCCUGAUCUUGAGUAGUGCGAGCUUGUGGCGGUUGUGUGUCGGUUGGAGGAGUUUGAGAGAGAGCGGGGAAAAAGAGUGUUAAAAAAAGGAAUGGUUGUGCUCAGCACGAUCAGGUGUUAUCGUUUAUUGGGUUCUGCUCUCUCUGUAGUUGGCUAUGCCCGUCUUUCGGUUUGGACUGAGUAGGUAUUUGGGUAGUGUGUUUUCUACGAGGUGUUGUACAAGGCUGCCCGCAACCUGCGUUGGCUCUUCUGUGUGUUGUUCAGUAAGGAAUGUAGUGCUUACGAGUUCAACUGGAGAGGUAGUCGGACUUGAGGAGUGCCUUUGAUUAGAAGUAAUCGCCAUGAAAUCAAGGAUGCUGGCCAGUUCUGAUUCUUUUGAAUACGGCACUGACUUCCCAUCUCCUUUAUGUCUCGUGCGCCGCACUGUUCUCAUCCUGUGAACCAGCUUGAACCUUAGAGGUGUUCCUGACGCCUUCCCUGCUUCCUCAGAGAUUUGGAACUAGUUAACAACUACAAACGGCCGAAUUUCACGUUAGUGCAGCGUGUCCAGUACCCAUCACAAAUGAGCCCCAAGAGCACCGUGUUUUGAAUAACGCAACUUCACUAUUAAUAUUAUUGUGGUUGGGAUCUCUGCAAUUAAUAACUUUGGUAGGGUAUAAACGUUUCCACUUGCGCGUGGCUUCGGACGGACAUUGUAGCUUUCGAAGCGGCUGUGGGUUAAGUGUACUUAGUUAGCUUUAAGGGGAGAGAGACUUUGCUAUCAUGUCGAGGUAUGGCAGAAUGCGGGCGUCAUUCGAUUCCGAUGCCAGUUUGGUGAACUCGCCACCCAUGUCUCCACCCAGACAUGGGCACCCUGUGUAUUUCGUGCAAUCUCCUUCUCGAGACUCCAUGCAGGACGUGGACUCGCUCUCGCAGAGUUUCUCGCGCGCCACACCGCGGGAAAGCCCCUUGGCGAGCCCCAUGCAUCACAAGCACUUCAAGAACGCUUCUACAGACUCUAUACCGUUCAGUGCACACAGUCUGAAGCCCGGCUCUCGCAGGGUGUUGCCGCAACCAAACUACGUCGCGGGGCCGAACGCUAAAAAGGGCUACCGACCGUGGGCACCUGGUACUAUUCUUGAAGAGGAGGAAGACAUUGAGGGAGAGAAGAAGAAGAAGCUCUCACGAUGUUGCUUGAUCUGGAUUGUCAUGUUUUUUACAAUCGUCAUGUUCUUCGCUGGUGCCUUGCUCUUCUGGCUAGUUACCAUGCCCAAGCAUCCCCACGUUACUGUGCAGAAUGUGGCUUUUUCGUACUUCGGUUUAGACGACGGCGUAGACUACUCAGGCGUCCCAACGAUGGUCGUCUCUCUUAAUUCCACUGCAACACUGCAGUUGUACAAUCCUUCUAGAUUCUUUGGCUACCACGUCAAAGCAUCUCCUGUUGGCCUCAAGUACCUCGAUCUAACCUUAGCCGGAGGCCAGCUUAAUUCAUUUUAUUUGGAGAAAGGGUCUACAAAGAGAGUGAUAGUAGCCAUCACAGUUGACAAGCAAUUCCUUCAUGGGGCUGGGCCGAGUUUUAAUGAAAGAUAUAGUACACCUGGUGGUGGUGUGGACAUGAAACUGGACGGCACAGUCUUCACACGAGCUUAUGUGAUGGGGCAGAUGCUUAAGAACAAAUUCAGUGACAACGUGGCAUGUACUUUUAAGUUCUCUGUCGGGGGGCCAACGCAAUGGAAAGUACAACAACUGGCUUGCUCGUAUGCGUCUUCAUAGCUUAUGAAGGUGGCUGCUGUUUUAGCUUCAGCACUUCAGCAACUGCGUUUCGUUUUAUCUUGGGCGUGUGUGUGUAAGCGAGGAAUAGGGGAGCUCAGAUAACAUUGUGUUCUUAAGCACUUUGACCACCCCUGGUGAGAGCUGGGAAGUGGUCGGAUCCUAUGAUUUGAUUCAUAACUGGGGGAUGAGUUUUUCAUAUUUGUAUUUAUAUGGAUGGAUUCUAGGGCGCUCUUCUCAUACCGCCCUAGGCACGAGGCAGUUUUGUCCCGACUUUCUAUCUUGUACUUCUAGCUUACAACAUGAAAUAAACUUCGGGGAAAGUGUAGAUGUUGAAAGCUUGAUCAUUAGUUACUAUUCACUCUGCAGUUUUUACUUGGAAAUGAAGAUUAACAAUGUAGCCAGAGAUAUGUGACAUUGUCUUGGUGAUUUCAUUUGAACUGUGACCAGACUAAAUCGUUACUUUCUUCA